AUGCCACCAAGAACUCCUGGAUCAAUUUCCAUUUUCAUUUUUGGAAGGGUUGGUUCUUUUGAAGAAUAUGUUGACGACAAUGUUGAUGUUGAAGGUGUAGAAGAUGUUGUUGGUAUUGUUAUAACAUUUGGAUUUAUUAUCGUUGACGUGGUCGAAGCAUUGUAA